CUCAAGUUCAGACUCGCCCCUUCUCAACUGAAGAACAUUCAAGUGGGCUGGCAGGCCUGCGCAUCAGAGGACAGACCAUGUUCCUGUUGGCAUAGAAGAUGGGCUCCUAACCCAGUGCGCAUACCCAGGAUGCCUGCAGGCGGCUAGGACUCCACCUCCUCGUCAUGGGCUGCCCAGGCUGGUCAGUAGCCCUUUAACCUGGAAAGAGUCCAUCCAGGUAGCUCAGACCCCUGGGCUGACCAUGUGGGAUGGCCAUUCCAAGAGUCCUGGAAGGGACUCAACUCUCAGGUUCCCGUAAUUCCUGCCUGCCUGUGUCCACUCAAGUGUCCUGGUUCCUAAUGUCAAAAUGAUGCAACUGUCCCCUGGAGUGGCCAAGAGUCUGAGGGGUGUGAACGCCACCUGGAAGAUACAACAGCUAUGAUGUGAUCCGGGGCCAGGGCCGCUGUUAGUCUCCUGGGUACAGGACUGAGUUCCUUCAGUGAGCCACGCACCCUUUCGGCCACUCCUUUUCCAGACCAGCUCUCUCCCCAGGACAAGACCAUCACUCCUUGUGGGCAUCUCCUGCUGUGAUCUGGGGAGACCAUGUUCAAGCCUCCCGACUGCCUGCUGAGGAUGCUCCGGGGCACCCCCAGACAACGGGUCUUCACUCUCUUCAUUAUCAGCUUCAAGUUCACAUUCCUCGUCUCUGUCAUGAUCUACUGGCACACUGUGGGUGCACCCAAGGACCAAGGACAACAGAAUAGCCUGCCAGUGGACUUCCCCUGCCCCCAGCUGGCCUUUCGUGGCAUCCUUGCCCCAGGCAACAUCUUCUUCCUAGAGACCUCAGACAGGACCAAACCUAGCUUUCUGUUUAUGUGUUCUGUGGAGUCUGCUGCCAGGGCACACCCAGAGUCCCAGAUAGUGGUGCUCAUGAAGGGGCUACAUAGGUACAAGUCAGGCCUGCCUCGGAACCUUGGCAUCUCUCUCCUGAGAUGCUUCCGCAAUGUCCAGAUACAGCCUUUGGACCUGAAGGAGCUGUUUCGGGACACACCAUUGGCAGCCUGGUACUUGGAGGCGCAGAACAGCUGGGAACCCUACCUGCUGCCGGUACUCUCUGAUGCCUCUAGGAUCGCGCUCCUCUGGAAGUUCGGUGGCAUCUACCUGGACACAGAUUUCAUCGUCCUCAAGAACUUGAGGAACCUGACCAACACGCUGGGCGUCCAAUCCCAAUACGUCCUCAACGGAGCCUUCCUAGCCUUUGAGCGCCACCAUGACUUCUUGGAGCUGUGCAUACGUGAUUUUGUGGACCACUACAAUGGUUGGAUUUGGGGCCACCAGGGCCCCCAACUGCUCACCCGAGUCUUCAAGAAAUGGUGCUCCAUCCGCAGCCUGAAGGAAAGCCACACUUGCCGAGGAGUUACUGCCCUGCCCCCUGAGGCCUUCUACCCCAUCCCCUGGCAAAACUGGAAGAAAUACUUUGAAGACAUCAGCCCUGAGGAGCUGACCCGGCUGCUCAAUGCCACCUAUGCUGUUCACGUGUGGAACAAGAAAAGUCAGGGUACACACCUCGAGGCCACGUCCAGGGCUCUGUUGGCCCAGCUCCAUGCCCGCUACUGCCCCACAACACACGAAGCCAUGAAGAUGUACUUGUGAGGGCCCUCCAGACUGCCUUCGUAUAAUCUCAGCUCUGUUACUGCCUGUCCUAGGGAGACAAGACGAGCGGGAAGCAAAGAGGGCUCUGCCCUGCUGCUGCUGACUUUAGAGGAGACCAGGGCUGACCUGGGGAGCAUGUGUGACCUCUGUGCUCCUGCCCCUCCAGGCCAGAGUGACCCUGGUGAAGAUACUUGGGCUCGUGUUCUGGGCUGGCAGGUGAUUCUAGAAUUAGUAGCAUCUGGGGCUUUACUGAGCUAGAUCAGCAAGCCUGGAACACUGGAGAGCAUUCUAAGGUCGCUGGAAGACAGAUGGGGUCAGGAGCAGAGCUCAGAGAAGCCUGGGUAGAAGCGUUGCGAAAGGUGGGGCUCUCCCAACUGAGUGAGCCCAAGGGGAGGGGCAGAGCUGCUGGGAACUCCAUCUUUCCUCCCUUGGGGCACGGCUCUGCAGAUCUGCCACAGCCCAUCCCAGUGAUCAGGGUAUGUGGAGAUUACUUUGGUGUGGGAAAAGUGUUUUUUUUUUUUGGGGGGGGGGGAGUUGGUUUGGUUUGGUUUGGUUUUUGGAUUUUCAAGUCAGGAUUUCUCUUGGCUGUCCUGGAAUUUACUCUGUAGACCAGGUUGGCCUCGAACUCACUGGGAUCUGCCUGCUUCUGCCUCCCGAAUGCUGGGAUUAAAGGCGUGCACCACCACCACCUGUCUGGGAAAAGUGUUUUAAAUGCCCUCCCUGUUGUCGACACUGGAGGCUAUAAUAAAAGUGACUUACCAACAUCUAAUGCCUUGUGGUCACAUAGCACAUUUGUGAACACGGACUUCGGCAAACACACCCUGUUCUACAAAUGGGAGAGGAGCUGGAGGGUGGCCAUUUCAUGGGUCACAAAACUUGGAGAGGCUGGGCUCAGAACUGGGUGGCUGGCUGAUAAGGCAUAAGAGGAGCCUGUGGUCCCACCUCACUUCUCAGGGCUCACCAAUAGCUGAAGUGGGGUCCUGGCCUAUUCACAGCCUUUCAAAAGCCCUAGGUCUGUUUUAGCCUACAUGGGGCUCAAUACAAACACAAAAGUGUGAGGCUAGGGGCUAGAUACAGCGAACAGUGGGGACUCUGGCUUCACUGGCUUCUGAGAACUCCUGGAAGCGCCCUGCUAUGUAGUCCCAGGGCUGAUGUUCUAUGACUCUUCUGGCUGGGCAUUCCUGUGAGUGAUGGGAGGUCAAGAGGCUGCUGGGAGCCCUGGAGUGCUCUCUAGCAGGCCAAGCAGGGAGACAUACCAGCCUGUGGGCUCUGCCCGCACAUACCUCGAACAGCCCUGUAAGGGGCUGAGCUGCCUGGCUCCAGAGGUAUUCAAGAGCAGAUGAGGUUUGUGAUGAAGACUAAGAAUUAGAAGCCAGGGGCUGGAGAGAUGGCUCAGAGGUUAAGAGCAUUGCCUGCUCUUCCAAAGGUCCUGAGUUCAAUUCCCAGCAACCACAUGGUGGCUCACAACUCUCUGUAAUGAGGUCUGGUGCCAUUUUCUGGCCUGCAGGCAUACACACAGAAUAUU